AUGACGAUAAUAAAAAUAUUAGCAAAGGGGAGUCAAAAUUCUGCAAUUCCUAUGAAACAAUUCAAUAGAUAUUUAAACACUACAAAUAAACUUUCUUUAUUAAAUCAAAUAGAACUUGCUCCUCCUGAUAAGAUUUUAGGUCUUACAGAGACAUUUAAUAAUGAUACAAACCCAUCAAAGGUUAAUUUAACUGUUGGAAUAUAUAAGGAUAACUAUGGUAAAGUUACAACUUUCCCAUCAAUUUCUAAAGCACAAAAAUUGAUAGAUAGAGAAUUAGGUUUAAAUAAGAAUUUAUCUUAUUUACCUAUAAAAGGCGGGAAAGAUUAUGCAGAAAAUGUAAAACAUUUUCUUUAUGAUGAAUCAUGUUCAUCAUCAACUAAUUUAGUUGCAGGAAGUGAGAAAAAUUAUGGUAAACAAUUAAUAGAUAACAAUAGAAUAUCUUUUGCUCAAACUUUAAGUGGUACUGGUGCAUUAGCCAUUUCUGCUAAAUUUUUAGCUCUUUUCAUAUCGAAGAAAGUUUGGAUACCAAAUUUCUCUUGGGCAAAUCAUAUGAAUAUCUUUAAUAAAAAUGGAUUUAAAGAUAUUCAUUAUUAUUCAUAUUAUGAUGUGAAAUCUGGUCAAUUGACAGUAGAUAAUUGGCUAAAUGAUCUUAAAGAAAAAGUAAGUAAAGAUAAAUCACCAGAACCUCAUUGUAUUAUAUUACAUGCAUGUUGUCAUAAUCCAACUGGUUUAGAUCCUACAAGAGAAGAUUGGGAUAAAAUUAUUGAUACAAUUAACGAAUUGAAAAUGAUUCCAAUAAUUGAUAUGGCUUAUCAAGGUUUAGAAUCAGGUAAUUUGAUUCAGGAUGCAUACUUAUUAAGAAAAUGCAUUGACCCAAAAUAUGUUUGGGAUAAUGGAUUAUUUCUAUGCCAAUCAUUUGCGAAGAAUAUGGGUUUAUACGGUGAACGUGUUGGUUCUUUAAGUAUCGUAGCACCGAGUCAUUCUCCACCAAGAGUUAAAGAAGCAGUAGAUUCACAAUUGAAAAGAAUCAUUAGGUCCAUAUAUUCUUCACCACCUGGGUAUGGUUCUAGAGUGGCCAAUCUUGUUUUAUCAGACCCAGGUUUAAAAUCUCAAUGGUUUAAGGACGUUAACAUUAUGGUGAAUAGAUUACAAGGUAUUAGAGAUCAAUUAUCCACAAAUUUAGAUUGGAGUACUGUAAAUGAUUCUCAACAACACGGGAUGUUUUAUUUUACAAGAUUUUCAUUACCCGUUGUUCAAGAGUUAAGAGAUAAAUAUUCUAUCUAUUUAACAGACGAUGGUAGACUAUCUUUAAGUGGUAUUAAUGAUUCAAAUAUAGAAUACGUUUGUGAUACAUUCAAGAAAAUUGAAAAUCAAUCCAAAUGA